UCAUCUAGCACAAAAACAGCUGUCAUAAUUUAUUUUAGUAUUCUACCAAGUUGUUUUUUUAAUAUUAUAUCUCCAAUAAUUAUUUACAAUUAAUCCUUGAAGAAAAUGUCGUAUGCGUAUUUGUUUAAGUAUAUCAUAAUCGGGGACACAGGUGUGGGAAAAUCAUGUUUACUACUGCAGUUCACAGACAAAAGGUUUCAGCCAGUUCACGAUCUGACAAUCGGCGUGGAGUUUGGUGCAAGAAUGAUCACAAUCGACAGUAAACAAAUCAAAUUGCAAAUUUGGGACACUGCCGGCCAAGAAGCUUUCAGGUCGAUAACAAGAAGUUACUACAGAGGAGCCGCUGGAGCUUUAUUAGUUUACGAUAUCACGCGAAGGGAAACGUUCAACCAUUUAACUACGUGGUUGGACGAUGCCAGGCAGCACUCCAAUUCAAAUAUGGUCAUUAUGCUUAUUGGAAACAAAAGUGAUUUGGAGUCGAGACGUGAAGUGAAAAAAGAGGAAGGCGAAGCUUUUGCCAGGGAGCAUGGUUUAGUUUUUAUGGAAACUUCCGCGAAAACUGCAGCAAAUGUUGAAGAAGCUUUCAUUAAUACUGCUAAGGAAAUUUAUGAAAAAAUACAAGAAGGUGUUUUUGAUAUAAAUAAUGAGGCCAAUGGUAUAAAGAUUGGUCCGCAACAUUCCCCAACAAACCCUUCUCUGCCUGGAGCAGGCGGUGUAGGAGGCUCUCAAGGAUCAGCUUGCUGUUAAGGAAAAACCACUUAUAUCCAAUUAAAGAUAAAUGUAUAAUGUAACUUUAAAUAUAAGGUCUUUUUAUUUGGCUUUAAACGACCCUAACAGACGGUUUUAUUACAUAAAUUUGAACAUUUAAACUGAAAUUUUGCACUGGCUGUAAAAUAUUUGAACAAAUUCAUAUUUGUGUAAUAAAAUAAACUGUAAUAAUUAUUAUUGUGAUUUUUAGAUGUGGUAAAGAGUUAGUUUGAUUAGAUUCUCAUACAGAAGAUUUAUUUUUGAUUUGAAGACAUUGGUAUUCAUGAAAAGCAUAAUGUAUCCGGAUUUUACAGAAGUUUGCUCAGCUUAAGUUCAAUUAUUUUAACAAUAAACUUUUUUGAUUCUAGCGUUUUGUGGUAUGUUUGAAUUAUUUAAAUGUAUAAAAUAUUAAUGUAGGUCCCCCUUUUUUUCCUUCUCAAUAAACAUAUGGUGCAAUGUUAUCAGAUAAUAUAAAUAAAGAUAGGUAAUAUUCAGCAAAGUUUUUGAUUAUUUGAUACCAAAUUGAUAGUAUGUUAAUUUAUUUUGUAAAAAUCAAGUAGUAGCUGUUUUGAUGAUCCAAAUUCAGGAGAAAUAUAAACUAGUCGUAAUAAUUGUAAUUUUUUAUGUACCUACGAUAUGUGCUUAUUCAAAUAAUAAUUUUAAAAAGUUAUGUUUAA